AUGGCUGCGGAAACGGCUGCGAAGAGAGUCAAGACCGACCCUCGCAUCAUCGGAACUCACAAUGGCCAUUUCCACGCCGACGAAGCCCUGGCCGUGUACAUGCUUCGGCUCCUCCCAGAGUAUGCCUCGGCCGCUUUGAUCAGGACCCGGGAUCCCAGUCUCCUGGAGACCUGCCACACGGUCGUCGAUGUUGGUGGAGAGUACGACGUCUCAAGCAAUCGCUAUGACCACCACCAGCGUACCUUCGACACAGCCUUCCCCGAGCACAAAACCAAACUCUCAUCUGCCGGACUUGUCUACAUGCAUUUUGGCAAAGCCAUCAUUGCACAGCAUACCAAACUCCCCCUCGAUCACCCCGACGUGGACCUCCUGUACCGAAAACUCUACGACGACUUUGUCGAAGCGGUGGACGCGAAUGACAACGGAAUCUCAAAGUAUGACGAUUCGCUCCUGAAACAAGCUGGCAUUGAGAAGAGGUUCAAGGACGGUGGGAUCACACUUCCUAGCUUGGUGAAUGACUUGAACCAUGAAGACCCUCUGUCGCUGGGUGCCCCUUCCCGAAACACCGAAGCGGAACCGCAAGCAGAAGAAGACUACCGGUUCUCCCAAGCCUCGGCUCUGAUGGGCAAUGCAUUUCUUCGCAAACUUCAUGGUGCUGCCACCGCCUGGCUUCCCGCCCGAACAGUCGUUAAGGAUGCCUUCAACACGCGUUCGGCUGCACACCCCUCAGGCCAGCUUCUGGUCUUACCUCGUGCGGGUAUCCCGUGGAAGGAGCAUCUCUACAACAUCGAGGAGGAGGCGGGUCUCGUGGACGACCAGAAGAUUCUCUACGUGAUAUAUCCCGAGAAAGAAGAACCCGGCUCGAAGUGGAGGAUUCAAACUGUCAGCAAAGAUCUAUCGAGCUUCGAAAACCGCAAAAGUCUACCAGAGCCAUGGCGCGGCGUCAGAGAUGCGGAGCUGGACACCUUGCUAGGUGAUAAUGUUGAGGAUGGAGCCGUUUUCGUACAUGCGAGCGGAUUCAUUGGAGGUCACAAGACGGAAGCUGGAGUGCGUGCUAUGGCUGCAUUGGCCCUGGCCGCAUGA